GUUGACAUUGCAAGUGUUGCAAUUUGCGGCUGCGUGUACAAAACGUUUAUUUCAUUUUAUUAAUUAAUUGCAUUGCUUUCAGUUUUGUAAUGCUGGAAGGAGUCGGUAACAAAGUUAUGAUGGGCCGCGAGAGCAGCGAAGCAUGAAAGCAGUGAGAAAGUGGCAAAUAUUGUAUGUUAUGUAUCAUAAUCGCUGACGAUACAUCUCUCAACAGUUUCAAGUUAAUAGCAACCAAUAGUUUUUAAAAUUUCUUGCACAAAAUGAAUAGAUUUGAAUAUGGAACGUUAUCGUUUUGGCCGAAUGAAGUUCAUUUAAGAACUGACAGAAGAGUGAGUCUUUAUGACGGCGAAACAAAGACACAGUUUGUGACAAGUGAUUUGGUCCUAACAAACUAUAGGAUAUUUUGGGGAAGACCUGACGAAGUAGAUAAUCAAGGUUCCCCUUUGGUACUAGCUUUACGAUAUAUUGUAUUCUUUGAAGAGGAAAGUCCUAGUGCUUUCUCUUUCAGUCGAAGCAAAAAAAUUGUGCUGCAUCUUUCAGAACCCGCACCAGAUAAGGGAAAAGGACCCGUUGACGACAGUACAAAGAACUAUGUUAAAUUAUCGUUUAAAGAAGGACUUGAUCAUAAUUUCGUAGUUCAGUUGACUGACGUUAUUACAAAAAGAGCUUGGGAAUCGAUUCCUGCUUGUUUACCGUCCACAGAAUGGCCUCAGAGCAACACGAGCGAUCGAAAGCGAUUACCGGAAAUAAAGACUCGUACGGGUAUCAUAGGAAUCGAGAGAAAUCUUAAGGAAAGGCAGAAGGCGACUGACCAGAGUAUCUCAAUGGCGUUCCAAGAUUUGAGGAAGCUGAUGGAAAUGGCGAAGGACAUGGUGUCCAUCUCGAAGACUAUCUCUGCAAAAAUAAGGGAACGACAAGGGGACAUCACGGAGGACGAAACCGUCAGAUUUAAGUCAUAUCUGAUGAGCCUUGGAAUUGACGAUCCUGUAACCAGAGAUGCCUACAGGAGUAGUAACGAGUACUUCAGACAACUGGCCAAGCAGCUUGCAGAAAUUCUGGAAGAACCGAUUAAGGAAGUGGGAGGUAUGAUGACGUUAACAGAUGUCUACUGUCGAGUUAACAGGGCACGAGGUCUGGAACUUUUGUCCCCUGAGGACUUGCUUAAUGCAAGCAGACAGCUGGCACCUUUAAAUUUACCACUUGUACUCAGAGUUUUCGACAGUGGUGUUAUGGUGCUUCAGAUUCGCUCUCUUGAUGAUGUUGCUGUCGUGGAAUCUAUUGCUGAAUUGUUAAGAGAAAAAGGAUCUGUUUCGGCUGAAGAAUUAGCCCAGUCUGAAGGAAUAUCCGUGACUUUGGCUCGCGAAAGACUACUGGUUACAGAGAAAAAUGGAAAAGCGUGCAGAGACGAUUCGAUAGAGGCGCUAAGAUUUUAUCCUAACCUUUUUUUGGAGCAGGAUGUGUGAUAAUAUUUAGAAAGAAUACUGGGCAAAAGGCUAAAGUUAUAGUCUGUAAGAUUGAUUAAGCAGAUAAUUUUGUAAAGUAUAUAUACUGUUAGCCUGUUUUGCUGCUGUUGCAGUAACUUUGUAUAGAUUUUUACAUGUAUAAUAUGCACAUUGCACAGUGCUUAGGCUAUUUCUUUAUCCAAAGUAUAGAGAAAAUGUAUGUAUAUUAAUAAAAAUGGAUUUAUUUUGUAAAA